GGGCAUAAGUGAUCCGUGCUGGUCUCUCCGUGCACGAUGCAGCCUCGAGGCCGCGGGGACAUGCACAGCGAGCCCGGGGAGAUUUGGGCGCAGAGAACCGCCAUGGCCGCCGUUUGCAGUCGACACCAGCGGGCCCACCGCCGCCAGUGCCCCGCCGUCGCUGGGCCUCGCUCGUAAACCCAUGAUCCGCCCAAAUGGCCUUGAUCAGCGUGAAAAGGAACCGCAUGCAUAUGCCUUCUUCGAGUUCAUUCUCAGCCGACAGCCUUGCAUCCCCCUUAUAGCACCGCUCGUUCGCCUCCGACUAUCUCCUCCUCUGCCUGCCUCUCGCGAUGUGCUAUGCUCUGGGCUCCCUCGAGCAGGCCACCGGAGUUUGCCCGAUGUGCAAGGUCUUCAAACCCGUAGGCGGGGCUCGGUGUCCCCAUGUGAGGGAAGUCUGCCGCAAUAGGGCAGCCCAUCCCCGAUGCGACGUAGUCUACCUCAAGAACGCGGAGGUGCAGACCUUCAGUGGGUGCGGCUAUUGCAAGUGGGCUGCCACCAAUCCGCCGCAGACCUACUCUGGUUACCAGAACCCCGGGUGGCCGGGAUGCUGCCGGUCUCCGAAAUCGGACGAGCAGAGGCUCAUCGGCGCAGCAGACUGGCCUGCUGUCAGCCUGAUCCACCACAUUCCUAUCCCGCCGGAUGUGAAGGCUGUCUUGGAUAGUCUUACCACCCGGCCGGGAAUGACCAGUCCCAGCGGAGGCAAUCGCGCCACAAAUGUAUCAGCUACUGCACCUUCGAUGUCGCGGAGAUCCAGCUACCAGGUUUCCAGCCCGACUAGGGCGGAGAACGCUGCGACCAGAAGCGCGGCGAUGCCGAUCUCUCCUAGAGGUCGAUCUGGCGGUAGUCCUCAGCAGGCGACCUUGGCCCUUGCCAGUAGCGGCUCUCGACACGCGACUGCGAAUGGGGACGGGUCAGCGUCAUCGUUGCCAAAUCGAUCCGCUAUGGAUCAAUUCCAAGGCUCGCGCCGCUCGAAUGCUGAGCACGGCGAGAAACGCUCCGACUCCACCAAUUCUUCUCAGCACUCGCCUGGCCACAGGAACAUUGAUCUCGGCGGAUCGGUGUCGCGCCGCAGUACCGAACGAAGAUCCUCUGUAUCUAACGUCGCGGCAGUAUCGGUCAGUAAAGCCGCGAUGGAAGCCCAGUCUCCGCGGCGUCGCACGCAGACGGCGAAGUCAGACUCCCCUCCUCCUGCCGCUCCUGCUACGAAGAGCGAGCGUCCGAGCGCCGCUCCACCGCCUCUGAAACGUGCCACUAGUACGCUGGAGAAAUCUCUCAAGGAAUUGAACAUAUCCAGCGCGUCCAGCAGCAGCAGUGGCAGCACGACCUCCGAGACCACUAUCAUAUCCGACGGAGGUUUCACGGACUAUCUGUCCGACGAGUCUGAGGCGGAGCUGCAGCGACAGGCAGAAGUGAAAGCUGCGUUGCUGGCUCAGAGCCAGGCUGAAGAGGCAGAGUUCCGUGUUGCUCGCCAGCAACUCGCCACGGUCGAUCUGCGUCCUCCGAAGUCAUGGAACGGCACCAAUAAUGCUACCCCUCGCUCGCAGACGUCGGCCACGCGUCCUCCUACGUAUCGUCAAACCUCCGACUAUAAUAUGUCGUCUGGAAAGACCAGCGUGGCGCAGGGAAGGAGUUGACCAUCAGGUUUUAAUAUUCCGGUCUGUCUACUACGCGCUGAUCUAUGGAAUGCUUGGAGGGACGUCAAAGGAUUCGAUGGUGUACUCAUAACAUCCUCAUUUGUAUUCCCCUUGUUCCACUAGCGACUUUGUAGCUCUGUGACGGUCUCGGGCAUGCUGCAUCUAUGUACUCAAGUGUAUCUACUGCAAUCUCGGUGUAUCUGGUCCUAUGGUUCUAUGCUAUGCUUGGCUCGGAUUCAUCUGCAGCGUCACAUCCCUCCUGGAUUCCUGCAACGAUAUUUAGGAUAGCGAACAGUGUGCCCAUUACGUUGUGCAGGGCCCAGGCAACGAC